AUGGGGUUUGUUAUCACGCCUGCUCUUGUCUUGUUGAAGCCUAUCACCGGCCAAGUGUUCACUCACUCACGUACCCCUCACAAAAAUGCCGAAGGUAAUUCUUGCAUAUCCCCGAAAACUCGAACGCCAUCAGAGUUCGACGUGAUGCGAGGAUACCACUGGACACAGCCGAUUUCACAAGACAACGCACACUCGUGCGCGAACACAAUGCGAUAUUGCUUGUUCCUUAUUGCUAAUUCGCCCCUGGCAAAAGAAAGGGGCUUUGCUUCAGAGCGGAUGAAAGACAAUGGUCCUGUAAGCUGGGUGCUGAUCGAGAUAGACAAGGACAUGAACAAGAGCGCGUCUGAUCAGAAGAGGCUCGCGACAGUCAGUUCCUCUUCGCGAGUUAGAAUGAAAGGCCAGACAAGGGGCGGGACUCGGGAGCGUGCCCCCAGACUGGAACACAGAGUUCCAGGAGCACGGAGCUUUUCAACCAGCAGCAUGGAGCAUGGGGCUUCAAGCUUGGCUCUGGUAUCCAAUCUCAGCUUAAUUCUAAUAAAUCUACUCCGUAAGAUAUCAAUCAAGAUCGAGACAGUAUUCGGGUUUAGUCAGGGAACUGAAAACGGAUCCAGUCGCGAGAUUUCCAAGAUUGAGGGUGGUGAAGGAAUUAUUGCUGUUGUCAAUGAGCUUGACGAGGCCACUCCUUGCGUCAUCACAGAAAGAUGCGCCAAUUGGAUUGGAUGA